CUUUUCUAUGUAUUUGUGUGUGUGAAUGUAACAAUUAUAAAUGGAGGAUGUUUUAAAUGCAAUGCUUUAGCUCCAUCUAGCGGGUUUGUUCCUUGCACAGCUAUUAUAGAGCACAAAACCGUGAACUGUUUACGUCUUCAUAUGUAGACGCAUGUUCUAAAGCGAAUUCAGUUUUUGAUAGACCCUGCUGAAGUGAACCAUAUAUUAUCUAUAUCGCUGGCAUUUAGCAAUUCUAAUUAUCAUAAAAUGCUUCUUUAAGCCAAACUUGAUGGUCUCUGUUAAUGUGGUCUGUCUUAAAACGUGCCUAUUGUUGACUGAGGGUAGACAUGGAUGGAUAAUACAAGAAAAUUUCAUUUCUCUCUUGUAAUAUACCUUUUAGAUUGUGUCUCUUUUUUUUGUACAGCAUUAGGUUGAUUCAUGAGCAUCAGUGUUUUAGGUUAAACCGUUAUCUAUUUGAUAAUAAUAUUGAUUUAUUAUAACUCAUUUAGUUGCUAUUUAUUCCAGUGUUAGUCUAAGUGUUAAUGGUCUCUCUGCGAAUGAUAACUCUGUGGCAUUUCAUCUCUCGGCGUUCUGGGUUCAUCACUUGGGCCUGUGAAUUUUCUAGUCUGUCCCUGUGCUGCUGAACCAUGAGUAAUUCGAUCAAGUUCACUUCGAUUUAAGUCUGAAUGCAUUUUCUGGGCCAGUGCAUUGAGACCCACUGCCUUGUCCUUGGCUCGGCUAAAGAAAUGGUUGGAUUUCAUUGGUGGCCAUAAUUAACUAUGUUCCGUCUGCAAAAUCACCAAGGGAGUAUCUUCCAUUAGUUGUCUAAAUCUAAUCCGGGACCAAAGGCUCUUUAAGUGUAGAGAAAUGUGCUGAUCUUUACUGCGUUAAUACAUGCAAGACAGGCAGAGUUUUGACCACAUAUGCUGCGGUCAUUAGGAGUCAGAUCAUGAAAUUGUAGCACUAUAAUAAAGCCACAGACUGACUGCGGUGCUUACAGCAGCUUUUGCUGGGGUAAAAAAAGGUUUAGGACUUAAAAGGCACGCAAUGUGAGACCUAUCUAAUUUUAAAUGCUGAAUAAGUGCCAUAUAAACCAGACAGGGUAAGCCAGGUGCCAAAAGAGAGGAUUAUAUAGAUUAAAUAAUAUUUGUAUAUCUCAAGUCAGAUUUAUUAGUGUAGCGCUUUUCACAUUUCAAAGCAGAUUUACAGAAAUUUAUGAUGUUAAUGUUUAUAAUAUAAUUAUAUAACCUGUACACAUACAUUAAGAUAUCAACUUUAUAUGCAAUAUUACAUUUUUGUCAAUCAGUAUAGUAAUAUCUCUCUGUUUAUCUGGCUGAAAGCAUUCAAAACUGGCAAAUAUCAAUGUUUAAGAUUACAUUUCGUGCAGGUUCCACUUGAUGGAUGGCCCUAAUGAGAAGAUUGCGAUGUCCCUCAUCAUUUUAAACUUUAUGCACCUCAGAUAUGCAGCUGGCCACUAAGAGGGUCACAGGAGAGCCCAUGGGUUAUCCCGGCAUGACAAAUGCCCCCUAAAAUAGUAAGGCCAUAAUCCUACUGAUAUAUGAAGAUCACUGUAAACUUUCCAACCAUGCUUAGUUUUAUGUAAAUUGCACUACCCAUGGUGCACUUGUUGCCAAACAGUAAAAUAUGACCCUCAUGACGUACCUCUGGCGUUCUGAAUUUCGGAUGAUAUGUUCUUGCCGUGGAACAGUUUGUAGAGAGGUUUCUAUGCAACAGAGGUUAAGUCUGCUUGGUCAUAACCCCUGAUCUGAUUGAAGGCCAGUUUGUUUCUUUCUAGACCGGUUCUCUUUGCAAAAACACAAGCCGAACAUGGAAGAUACACGGGAAGAAGCGUCUGGAUCUGAGGCCCCUGCACAGGUCAUCCAGCCACGGACUUUUUCCAAGUCAUCUUUGAUUAGAAAGCUAAGACAGCACUUAAACAGUUCACGAUCGAGGCCCACCAUGGCGGCACCGAGCUCCGGCGGACUCGAGGUCCUCCUCGGCACGUUGCAGAACGCUGGAGACAUCGAGAACAUGCUAAACAUCCUCAACGUCCUGGAUGAACUGAUGUCAGCAGGCACAGACAGACGGAUUCAUCACAUGAUCUCCAAAGGAGGCAGCGAGGCCCUGCUGACGGCUCUGGUGAACUCAGCCCGCAGCUUCACGCCAAACUACACCAUCCUACUGCCCCUGCUGCACCUGCUGGCCAAGGUGGGCCACCGAGAUCGUCAGAUCGGUCUGAAAGCACAGAAGGCAGAUGCAGUUCUGGUGGUUCUGGGUUUGCUGCGGCAGAAUACAGAGAGUGCUCGGAGAGCCGCGGCCUGCCUUUGGGUUCUGAGAGUCUUCUGCUCCUCUGCGACGGCGGCCGAACUGCUGGGGAAGAACCGAGGGCUGGAUGUGGUCUUCAAGCUUAUAUCUCCAUACAGUACCAAGCACCUACGCACCAUCAAGGCGGCCAUCGACGCUUUCGCUGCAAUGUUGCGCUCAAAGGUCAACUGUCGGACUGCUGUUGUAAAAGGCUACAUUGCGGAUCUUCUGAAGCUGUACGAAGACUGGCACAGCAAUGACGUCAACCUUAAGAACAUUCCUAUCCGUAGAGCCCUACUUCAUUGUCUGCAACGUGCCGCCAAUUCAGCUGUGUGCAGAGACGCCCUGGUCGCUGAAGGUGGUAUUAGACUUCUCUUCCAGACCACUCAGACCUGCUUGACCAUGAAAGGCCUCGAAUCUCUGGUGGAGCCAGCGAUCCAGCUGAUGAGGAAGUGCAGUCCCAAAGUCCCUCUUCCACUGACCUCAGAUAAGAGCGCCUUCAGCUUUCCUCUUCCUGGGAGGUCUGUCGAUGACUGGGAUGCUGAUUUAGGACUUUACGAUGGCAGUUUAGAAGAUGACAGUGAUGAAGACGCGGAGAACGAGGAGCCAGACAACAGGGACUACGAAGAUGACCUGGAAACGGAUGUGAACAAGCUCCGUCCCCGACCAGAACCCGACCGGCCCCUAGAGCAGCUGGGCCAAUAUGUGCGUCUUUGCCCCGAGCUGCACCAUGACUUCCAGGAUUUGGACUCCAGCUCUGAGGUCGAUGAAAGCUCGGAUGAUGACGGCACUCUGGAGGGAGACUUGAACGACGAGACACCAAGUGACCAGAGAGGCUCGGAGCUGCCCUCCGACCGAGAUGAAAACCACGUCCAGACGAGCGACUUCCAUAAGCAUUACCUCAACUGCUCUAGGAAAGGCCAAGGCCACUCUAGCAUGGUGGACAGGCUUCUGGAGAAGUACGGGAUCUGCAUUCCCAACCAUGAUCCACGUCUCUAUGCCGCCACUGCAGCCAAUACGAAGUCUAUAGCUGGAUACUCCAUCCUAGCCUUCCCUGACUUCUGGGGACACCUGCCUCCACAAGAGCAAGAGCCCAUGGCUAAAAGACCGCCACAUGUUCAGAGAAAGAAAGUUUUCCAAGACGUCCAGCGUCUCAUAUGUCCAGAGGACAUCAUCAACAAGGUUGUUUUUGACAUGGACGAUCCCAGUCCACAGUGUUCCCCCGAUAUGUGUCCCAGUUCCCUUCGAUUUUUCUCCAAAUUUGAAAGCGGGAACUUACGAAAAGCCAUUCAGGUCCGCAGUCAUGAAUAUGAUUUGAUUCUCAAUGCUGAUGUCAACUCCUCUGCACACUGUCAAUGGUUCUAUUUCGAAGUCAGUGGCAUGGUGGCCGGCAAGCCUUAUCGCUUCAACAUCAUCAAUUGUGAGAAAGGGAACAGCCAGUAUAACUAUGGCAUGCAGCCUGUGCUGUAUUCUGUGAGGGAGGCGCUGGAGGGCAAACCACACUGGGUGCGAACGGGCUCUGAAAUCUGCUAUUACAGAAAUCAUUUCUGUGCUAGAAGAGGUCAAAAACAUUCUUUCUACACGCUGACCUUCACGGUGACCUUCCGUCAUGAAGAUGACGUUUGCUACUUGGCCUACCACUACCCUUAUACCUACACCACCCUUCAGACUCAUUUGAAAAUGUUGGAGAAGUCUGUAGACCCACAGAAAGUUUUCUUCAGGCAACAAAACCUCUGCGACACACUGGCGGGAAACUCCUGCUCCUUAGUCACGAUCACAGCCUGCCCCACUUCCAGAGCCUGGAAACAUCUGCACCAGCUGCGCAACCGGCCAUGCGUGGUGCUGACAGCGAGGGUUCAUCCAGGUGAGAGCAAUGCCAGCUGGGUACUGAAGGGCACGCUGGAGUUCCUGUGCAGCAGUGAUCCUGUAGCUGAGAGCUUGAGAGAGGCCUACAUCUUCAAAAUCAUCCCCAUGCUUAACCCUGACGGGGUCAUUAAUGGCAAUAAUCGCUGUUCUCUUACUGCUGAGGACCUCAACAGACAGUGGCUGAAGCCGGACCCUAAUUUAAGCCCCACAAUUUACCACACCAAAGGCUUCCUCUAUUACCUCAACAGCAUAGGCAGGACUCCGCUGGUGUUUUGCGAUUACCACGGUCACUCCAGGAAGAAGAAUGUGUUUCUGUAUGGCUGCAGUAUGAAGGAAACCCUGUGGCAAUCUGGAUCUCCCAUUAACACGGCCUCCCUGAAAGAAGACCCGGGAUAUAGGACUGUCGCUAAAACUCUGGACCGAAUAGCUCCUGCAUUCUCCUUCAACAACUGCAACUAUCUGGUAGAAAAGUCUCGGGCGUCCACAGCACGGGUGGUCGUUUGGAGGGAGAUCGGAGUCCUCCGAAGCUACACCAUGGAAAGUACUUACAAUGGCUGCAAUCAAGGCAUUUACAAGGGGUUGCAGACGGGGACGCGGGAGCUGGAGGAGAUGGGAAUGAAGUUCAGCCAGAGUCUUCUCACCCUCAGGAGGAACGCCAUUCAUUAUAACAGCCGUCUGAUCCACCACGCGUCUGCCCUGUUGGACCUGGACGACAGGCUUCUCGACCACAAAUCCAAUAAUUGCUUUGAGGACGACGAGCCGCCCUGCAUGGAAGAGAUCGAAUACUCAUCCUCCAGCGAUCCGCUAGGUCCCAACGAACUGGACACGGAGGUGAACGGUAACACUUCCAGUGACGAAGAGGAUGAAGAAGAUGCAGGUAUCCGUAGGAACGGGAGGCGGCGUAGCGACAGGAAGUCCCACGCCGUUCCUCACUGCUUGAAACAGGAUGCCCUGGAGACUCUAACAAUCAAGGCCGGACCGUGUAACGGCAUCAACAUCAGUAACGGCUGCUUAUAUUAGGCCUCUUUCGUUUGUCUUUUCUGUUAUUUAUAUUUUAUAUUAGCUCAUCCUAAUGGUGAUACUGAAAUAUUUAGCAUUUAGUCCAUGAAACAAAACAAGACACGCACACCUGCUGAACAUUUACUAGCCCCACCUGAUAUAAACGAUAGAAAUAUCAUCUGUUUCCUGCAUAAAAAUGCACUUGAAGAGUAAUUGAUUGUUGCAUAACCGUAAUAGUGUGAUGAGCUCAUGCUUUGAUCUGUGCUGUGAGGCAUUGUGGGUUUUGUUUAUGAAUCAUACUGCUAUGUAACCGGUCUGCCAGUGAAACUCAUAAGCACACACUUGAUAUCGUGCAUAUGAAGUUUACCUUUAAUAAUAUAUUUAUCAUCUUAGAUUGUGAAAAUCAGUAA